CAGAUGAACUCCAAGAAAGAGCUAAUGCAUACAUAGAUGAUUUUAUAUCUAAAGCAACAAACGGGUCAGGAGGUUUCAUCGAUCCUCUGGAAUUAGACGAUUUGGUGAAAGAAUUCGAACGCGAGAUCGCUUUCGUCAGAGUUAAAGGAGAAGCUAAACUAUAUGAUGGAAAAAUUUUAGGUCUUUCUUCUCUGCAGAGAAAAGGUAACGCUGUGGUAAUCGACUUGGAUGAGGUGCUCAUGAUAUCUACUCAAUUAACAUUCAAGAAAAUCCAGGCCUCAUACAGAGGAGCUUUGCUUUUAAAUGAUCUGGGUCCCAAAGUUACACUGAAUGCAAGAAUUGGAAAUUCAAAAGUUUCCAUGUUCCUUCUUGUACCUGCUGAAGGUGGCAAGGCAGAUUUGAUGUCUUUUAACAUUAAUAAAUUGCAAGACAUACGCAUCAGCAUUUUUGGAUUAGGACCUAUGGGUUGGGGUGCUGGUCUCUUGAGCACUUUGGCUCUGAACGCUUUAGAGAAACCUGUAGCUAAAGCAGCGUCUGUUAAAAUAUUUGCCCAUUUUAGUAAGGAAAUUGAAAAAUAUCCCUUCCCAGGUAAGGGCGACGAAGUCAUCACAGAAUCUGUCUUUUAAAUAUGCUUUCAAAAUUGUAAAAUUCUUCAUUGAAUAAAAGUCUAUUGUCGAAAACUA